AUUGAAAGCAACAGAAUUUAAUGAAAUCGAUAACAUGUGGCUUUUUUCUCAUUUCUAGAAAACCCAUGCAUAUCAUCGGUUGGAAGAUAAUGUUCCUGCACCAGUGAAAAAGCGCCGUCUGGAAGAACUUAUCUCUGUUUAUAGAAAAAAGGCAACUGAAGUCAACAUGACUCUUAUCGGCAACACACAGCUUGUAUUGGUAGAGGGAGAAAGCAAAAGAUCAUCUGAGGAACUUUGUGGACGAAAUGAUGGAAAUGUGAAAGUGAUUUUUCCUAAAACAAAUUUGCCUGUUCAACCAGAGAAAACUCAGAUGGCCUGCAUUACACCUGGAGAUUAUGUGUUAGUCAAGAUCACAUCAGCUAAUUCGCAGAGUUUGAGAGGACAUGCCUUAAACCACUCUACACUGAAUGACUGAAAAACAGCCAUCUGACAAUCUUCUGUGUGAAUUCCGGUUGACCUCAAGAUAUCUAAAAUGACUUGCUUUUUUAUUUCACUAUGUGCAUUCAGUAAUGUAUUAUUGUGUUAAAACAAAAUAUGAGUAAAUGCUAAAUAAAUAAAAAGAAAUGUAAAAAAUGUAAUGUGCAGAAAAAUAAAUGGGCAGUUUCUCUAAAUUAUUUUGAUGCAUAACACUGUUGUAAC